AUGGCAUAUAAGGCUAUCAGUGUAACAUCCGAGGUGAAAAAGCAUGUCCGUCAACACCAAGAAGUAAAACCUAACAGGGAGAUAACCAGUGCUACGGUAGCAAAUACAAGCAUGAUAACAAGCAACCAGUCAUGUCAAGACUCGGGCGUGCACUUACCAGGCGUCACAUAA